GAUAAAGCAGACUUAAAGCUGAGGCCGCAAAAAGAUGAGGAUUCACAAGUGCUUCUUCGCUUCCCCUCUAACCAUGCAAGUCUGGGUCGGACUCAUCCUCCUCUUUCCAGUGAUUCAUGGACUCGCAUGCCGAGACGGCGACAUGUGGAUGGUAGGUGACUCCUGCGACUUGUUCUGGGAAUGCCGGGACGGGAGACCCCACAUUCGACAAUGCGACUCAGGACUCCAAUUCCAUCAGCUGCUCAAGCGAUGUUCCCCUCUCCAGGACCUAUCCGGCUGUCUUCCUUCCCACGGCGGUUUCGGGCGGCAGGAGACGACAUCGACGACCCCGUCAGGUCCGUUCCAGUGUCCAGACGAUGACGAAGCGUACUACGAGCACCCGAAGUACUGCUACCUCUACUACCACUGCGAGGACGGCUACCCGGAACUGCUCUCGUGCUACGGGGACACCAACUUCGACACCAUCGAGAAAAGGUGCAAGGACCCUCUCCUCGUGAAAUGCCCUCCUCGCCUUCCCAGAGCUACCACCACACCUCCCACAGUAACGAGUUCUUCGACCACGGCAACAACAACAACGCAGGAUCCUAACGCGUCAACGACGAAGGACCCGAAUGCGACGACGACGCAGGACCCGAAUGCGACGACGACGCAGGACCCGAAUGCGACGACGACGCAGGACCCGAAUGCGACGACGGAGAAUCCGGAUUGCGACGCAUGGCCCUGCUUGGGUGUCCCCGACAACACGCUCCUUCCUCAUCCCUGUUGCUGCAACUACUACUACAACUGCCCUUUUAACGAUCCCCGGCACGAAAACGACUGGCACAUUCGUGUGCACCCGUUCGAUCACCGAUCGAAUGAAGUGAAGAUAAUCACGGCUACACAAAAGGAAAAGAAGAAGCAAGGUCAGACAGUGUCAGCGGCAAUGGAAGCUGGUAUCGAGGGAAUCCUCGGAUUCGCAUGCCGAGACGGAGAGAUGUGGAGGGCAGGAGAAUCCUGCGACCUGUACUGGGAAUGCCGUGACGGGAGACCCCACAUUCGACGAUGCGACCCAGGACUCCAAUUCCAUCAGCUGCUCAAGCGAUGUUCCCCUCUCCAGGGUCCAUCCGGCUGCCUUCCCUCUCGUUACGGUCGACACGAGACGACGACCCCGUCGGGUCCGUUCCAGUGUCCAGAUGAUACGGACUCGUACCACCCGCACCCGAAGUACUGCUACUUCUACUACCACUGCGAGGACGGCUACCCGGAACUGCUCUCGUGCUACGGGGACACCAACUUCCACAUCGGAGAGAGACGUUGCAAGAAUCCUCUCCAUGUGGAAUGCCCUCCGCGCCUUCCCAGAGGCACCACCACGCCUCCAUCAGGGACGACCACUGAGCACCCCACAGGGACGACCACUGAGCACCCCACAGAGACAACAACGGAGCACCCGACCGAGUCAAUGACCACGAACCCCAACUCGACCCCGACGAAAGACCCAACCACGACGGAGGGCCCCAUUGAAACAACAGCUCCCUCAAACUGCGACGGAGACCCAUCCUCCUGCCCAGCCUCAUCCGUAGGAAGGAGGAUCCCUCACCCCUGCUGCUGCAACGCCUAUUACGUCUGCCCCGACCUCUGCACGAGCAUG